CAGUGGUUAGCGCACUGUGUGAGUGGGGAGUGGUGGUGCAGUGGUUUGCUCAAUGUGUUGUUCACUCAUCUCCCCAGCUCCGCCUUCCCCAUUGAAUGUACGUUUGGAAUCUCGAGACCUCCUUGCAGACCUCUGCUGGGACCCCGGUGAAGUUGACCCCAAAGGGGAUAGACCCCCAAUUGUUGAGCCUUCAACCAUCGACUCCACCACCACCACCACGGCCAACUCAACUUUUCUGGACGUUACCUACACAGUUCAGAGCAAACUUUUUGGACAAGUCCACUGGCAGAUCGUCUGCUCUGCCACAACAGAGACGCGGUGCAAUGUCUCCUCAGCGCUGGAAGAUCCCACCGACCGCUACCACCUCCGCGUCAGAUCCACCGCCUCAUCAUCACCACUGUCCUCACCCUGGGUCGUGGUUGAGGUCGUGCACUUGAAGACAACUGUCCUCAGUGCUCCGAUAUUCACCCUGAAGCUCACCAAGAAAAGGACGGUGGAGGAGGGUGAUGGCGACGGCUGUGACGACGGCGGUGACGACGGCGAUUGUGUGGUGGCUGGGAAGGUAGACGCGGUGGUUGACGCAGAGCCGGAGGUCUGGGAGCUGUCAAUGUCAGCCUACGUUGAGCGUUUGUUGCUGAGAAGGAUGGUGGGGCACCGACUGGAUUUCUUUUUUCAAGCGGAGUACUCGGCAAAAGGGGGCGCUCCGAAUGCGGUGAACUUCGUCAGUUGCCACCACGCGGUGUCUCCGCCUGGAGACGCUGAUGAGUACUGUGCCCGUGCGAGGGUCAUCGCUGACUUCCUGCGGCGGAAGGCAGGGGAGUGGUCUCCGCUGUCCUGUGUGUCCGUCCCUCCACGACACAGCGCCGUGGGCCCUCCCGUGGGUGUCGUGACGGAGGGCCAGGCCUUGGCAGCCAUCGGCCAGAAGGUGGCGCUGCUUCACUGCCACCUGCGGGUUGCGGCCGCGGUGACGCUGACGCAGGUGAACUGGCUGAAGGUCACCGUCGGUGAUGACGGCCGGAAGAGGGCCAGCUUGGCGGUGCUCAAUCCACGACACGGCACGGCAUACCCAAACUCUCCCCUCAUGGGCCGUGUGCGCUUCCGCGCCGGGGGGCGCGGAAGUGCACGCGGCGACUUCUCGCUGGAGCUGCUGGACGUGCAGCACGGCGACGGGGGCCUCUUCCUCUGCCACGUGGCCACCUUCCCCACCGGCAACUUCGAGGGAAGCGUCAACCUCUCCGUCGUCGGGAAGAGCCCCGCGCCUCCCGCAAGCCACCACCAGGCGGCAAGGAGGACGACCGUGGCCACGUGAGUGGGGGGAGGGGGGCGCGCGGGAUCGGAGCACGUGGGAUCGGAGCCAGCGGGAUCGGAGCAAGCGGGAUCGGAGCAAGCGGAAUCAGAGCAAGCAGGAUCGGAGCACUCGCCGCUCGUGUGUGUUGUCUUGAUUUAAAGCUUUCGUGACUGCAGUAAUUCAUAUUCUUGGCUCUUUCGGUAAAGUCAUG